AUGAGUAGAUAAGGGAAUUCACAAGAUUAUGAUUGGCUAGUUAAGGUUAUUGUGAUUGGUGAUUCUGGAGUGGGUAAGACGAAUGUAUUGUCGUAAUUUUGCGAUUAGAAGUUUUCGAUUACUCAUAUGGCCACUUUAGGUGUAGAUUUUAAGAUCAAAACAAUUGAAGCAGAGGGGAAGAAGUUGAAAUUGCAAAUUUGGGACACGGCAGGUUAGGAGCGAUUCAGAACUAUAACAAAAACUUAUUACAAGGGGGCUCAAGGAGUGAUCUUGACAUAUAGUGUGAUUGAUAGACAAUCGUUUUAGAAUGUGGACGGAUGGUUAAAGUCAAUACAAGAGAAUACGAAUUCGAGUGAUGUGCAAUUGGUGUUGUUGGGUAACAAGGCUGACAUGUCUGCAGAGAGAAAGGUGACUCUGGAGGAGGGCAUGAAGUUGUCACAGCAAUUCAAUAUCCCAUUCUUCGAGACUUCGGCCAAGAGCAAUAUGAAUAUCAAUGAAGCCUUCCAAGAGUUGUCGCAGAGGAUCAUCCAGACUCUGUCGAAGAUGCAAGCUAAUGACGAGAAUCGCAACCUCAAUAUAAAGCCCAAUGGAGGAGAGGAUAAACACAAAACUGGACCCUGUUGCUGA